UUAAGCUUCAGUGGGAAAAUAUUAUGCAACAUUGAGGCUACGUAUAAUAUUAAUAUUUUAAAAAUAUAUAUGUAUUGUUAUUGAACAGCUAAAUUCGCUUGCUGCAUAGCAUAUGCCACAUGCAUAGCUUGUAUACCAGGUAAAGGGUUGGCAGUAAAAACAAGUAAACCUCACUACAAAUAUUAGAUUUUCUCCAUAUGUGUGUGUAUUUUGAAGGCAUCCUGUUGUUGUUGUUGUUGUUGUUGUUGUUGUUGUAUUUUACUGUGGAGUGGUCUGCUUUACAAAAAGACCAUCUUUGGCUGCUGCGCUUUUACUACGGUGUACAUCCGUGUCGGUGUUUUCAUAUAUACGAUCUCUGCCGCCAUCUAGUGCCAGCGGUAGCUUGUGCAGUCUGCAAACAAUACCUUGGGCAUUUGUUCCUUUGUUCCCAUUUGUAUUUCAUAAUGUUGAAACUAAAAGGAAACCAACACCGUUUUACCUAAUAAUCAUAGAUUGUUGGCUGCAACAGCUAAAUUGAUUGACGUGACGGAUGCUACGCCUCCUCACCGCCAGGUGGCGGUAGGGGUCACUCAACCCCAGAGAGAGGAAACAUCGAGCGUUUAAAUGGUCUUUGUUUUGGGAGGACUCCCAACCCCCGUCUGCCCGUUUGAAAGCAUCAAAGAUCAAAAUGUAUGACAGGUACCAGUCGAGCCAGCAGCAUCCCGAGGUGCACCAUGUGAUGACGUAUCAAAACAUGGGCCACCACGCAGAAGGUCUCAGAGACGAGCCGGUCAUGACUGAGCUGUCUGUCCACCGGGAGCCACCUCUACACCAGGAACCUUUUCACCAGAACUACCCCGCAGCCCCGAAUCACUACCAGGAGCCGGCGUACCCGCAGAACGUCCGGGAGCAGCAGCAACAUGUCGCAGUCCAGCAUCACUCUCAGCAUCAACAUGCAAUACAGCAGCAGGGGCCGAGAGUCCAGCAGCAGCCUCAGCCUGCCGGGCCACCGCAAGCGGUGACGCCCGUGAAGAAAAAGCGAGGCCGGCCUCCAAAACAGCAGGCGGAGGACGGCGAGGCGCAGGAGGACGAUGAGGUCGAGGCUGCCAAGAAGGCGAAGAGGAUCCUCAACCGCUUCAACGGCAUGUCAGUGGCUGAGGUUAUGGCCAAAACCCUGCCAGACGUUAUUACCUUCAAUCUUGACAUUUUGAUAAUUGGAAUUAACCCAGGACUAUUGUCAGCCUACAAAGGACACCAUUACCCAAACCCAGGGAACCAUUUCUGGAAAUGUCUGUUCCUCUCCGGUCUAACUGACCAGCAGCUCAACUACAUGCACGACGAGAGCCUGCCGGAGAAAUACAACAUCGGCUUCACCAACAUGGUGGAGAGGACCACACCUGGCAGCAAGGACCUCUCCAGUAAGGAGAUUCGUGAAGGAGGUCGACAAUUACUUGACAAGCUGAAGAAAUAUAAGCCGUUAAUAGCAGCUUUUAAUGGCAAAGGUAUUUAUGAAAUCUUUUGCAAAGAAACCUUUGGUGUGAAGGCAAAGAAUCUGGAGUUUGGUCUGCAGCCCUACAAAAUCCCAGAAACGGAAACGGUGUGCUACUUGAUGCCCUCAUCAAGCCCUCGCUGUGCCCAGUUUCCCCGAGCACAGGAUAAGGUGCAUUUCUACAUCAAGCUGAAGGAUCUGAGAGACCAGAUGAAAGGCUUGCUACCUAGUCACGAGGUCCUGGAGACUGAAUACUCCUUCAAUCUUCAGCUAGCUAAAGAGGAUGCUAAGAGGAUUGCAAUCAAAGAAGAGCAGGUGGAUCCGGAGUAUGAGAGCUGUAGUGGGCUGCGUGGCGACGCGAGGCAAAGCAGCAACGUCUCCAACUAAAAGAGAGGAGAGGAGGAGAGGAGGAAAAACAGGCCUGCCUACCGUAGCACACAGAAAUACUUCAGCUGGAGAUGUUUGCUCAUCAGAUACCUGCUGUAUUGGUUACAAGAUGCAUCAGUGAGAAGAAGAACAAGAACAAGAACAAGAAAGAAAAAAACCCUCUGAUGACACCACAACGGAAGAGGAGUCACACUGUUCCUGAGGCACUGCAAUGUGACGCACAAGAAAGCGCCGGCAACGGUUACAUUUUCUAAAUUCCAAGAAAACUGUGCAUGUUUUUGGUGUUUUUUUAAAAUCACUAUUUAUUGCAUUUUUAAGGUAUGUGUGUCCAGUGACUUAUUUUUGUAUUUUGAAAGAAUGACAUUUUAUGAUUUAUCAGCUGUAUAAAUAGGUAAUUGUACUCUCGAAUUUCUAAUCUCUUAUUACAGAGUUAUUAAAUUUCUUCUAAAGCUGCCAUGUUUAUUGUCUUAUGGUCCAAAGAAGUUCACGUGAAUCUGCAACAGAAGAAACACUGUCUUAUCAAAAUGUUUUUUUCUGCCCUGUAGCCUCGUGUUCUGUACACUGCUGCAUGGGGAAA